CCUCCUCGCCCAUGAUUGGCAGCGCGGCAAUCUCCCCUCCCGGCUGGUGCUUUCCCUCCGGCCGCCGCUGAAUUAGAGACGAGGAGGGGCUGGGAAUGCGGAGCUGGCAGUGCGCACACACACGCUCUCUCACACACGCACCCCGACACCCCGGAGCAGUCCCUCGCAGCCCGCCCGGUCCCCGCUGCCCAGCUCCCCUCCUGCUUCCGCCGCUUUAAUUUUUUUUUUUUAAUUUCAUUAUUUUAUUUGUUUCCCCUCCCCUCUUUUGGGCGCUUCCCCGCCUCGCCCGCCUGGCGCCCUCCCCGCGGCGCGGCGGGCUGCCUCCGCGGGCGCGCAGCGCGGGGCCAUGCCGGCGGGGCCGCCGCUGCUGCGGGGCGCCCUCCUCCUCCUCCUCCUGCUCUUCCUCGGCGCCCCGGCCCGGGGAGUCGUCUACACCAACCAUUUCUUGGUGGAGCUGCACGGUGGGGGCCAGGCGGAGGCCGAGCGGGUGGCGGCGGAGCACGGCUUCGGCGGGGUGCGGAAGCUCCCUUUUUUAGAUACUGGAUACUUCUUUUAUCACAAUGGCAUUGCCAAAGCCAGGAGAAGACGCAGUCUUCAACACAAGCUUCAUCUGGAAAAGGAUUCCAGGGUUAAGAAAGCUGUGCAACAGGAAGGCUUCAGUAGAAGGAAGCGAGGAUAUAGAGACAUCAAUGACAUUGACAUCAACAUGAAUGAUCCUUUAUUUACGAAGCAAUGGUACCUGAUUAACACUGGUCAAGCAGAUGGGACUCCUGGACUUGACCUUAAUGUAGCUGAAGCAUGGGAGCUGGGAUACACAGGGAAGGGAGUAACCAUAGGAAUUAUGGAUGACGGAAUUGAUUAUCUGCAUCCUGAUCUUGCAUCAAAUUACAAUGCCAAAGCCAGCUACGACUUCAGCAGUAAUGAUCCCUACCCCUACCCCCGCUAUACAGAUGACUGGUUUAACAGCCACGGGACAAGGUGUGCGGGAGAGGUGUCUGCUGCUGCCAACAACAACAUCUGCGGCGUGGGAGUUGCGUACAACUCUAAGGUGGCAGGUAUUCGAAUGCUCGACCAACCAUUUAUGACAGACAUUAUUGAGGCUUCCUCUAUCAGUCAUAUGCCUCAAGUCAUAGAUAUAUACAGUGCCAGCUGGGGACCAACUGAUAAUGGAAAGACAGUGGAUGGACCUAGAGAGCUAACGCUGCAAGCAAUGGCAGAUGGUGUGAAUAAGGGCCGGGGCGGCAAAGGAAGCAUCUAUGUCUGGGCCUCUGGAGAUGGGGGCAGCUAUGAUGACUGUAACUGCGAUGGUUAUGCAUCAAGCAUGUGGACAAUCUCCAUCAAUUCUGCUAUAAACGAUGGACGGACAGCGCUGUAUGAUGAAAGCUGCUCUUCAACCUUAGCUUCCACCUUUAGUAAUGGAAGGAAGAGAAAUCCAGAGGCUGGUGUGGCUACAACGGAUUUGUACGGCAACUGCACCCUGCGUCACUCGGGAACAUCUGCAGCUGCCCCUGAAGCAGCCGGAGUGUUCGCCUUGGCCCUGGAGGCUAACUUGGAUCUGACAUGGAGAGACAUGCAGCAUCUGACAGUGCUCACCUCCAAGAGGAACCAGCUUCACGAUGAGGUUCAUCAAUGGCGUAGAAAUGGCGUUGGGCUGGAAUUCAACCAUUUGUUUGGCUACGGUGUCCUUGACGCAGGAGCAAUGGUUAAGAUGGCGAAAGACUGGAAGACAGUUCCUGAGAGAUUCCAUUGUGUUGGAGGGUCAAUACAGGAACCUGAAAAGAUACCACCAAGCGGCAAGCUGGUCCUCACGCUUACAACUGUUGCUUGUGAGGGGAAGGAAAACUUUGUCCGAUACCUUGAACACGUUCAAGCAGUUAUAACUGUGAAUUCAACUAGGCGAGGAGACCUCAACAUCAACAUGACCUCGCCGAUGGGAACAAAGUCCAUUUUACUGAGCCGGCGUCCCAGGGAUGACGACUCCAAGGUGGGUUUUGACAAGUGGCCUUUCAUGACCACACACACUUGGGGAGAAGACCCCCGCGGCACCUGGGCUCUAGAGAUUGGGUUUGUCGGCAGUCUGCCCCAGCGGGGAGUGCUGAAGGAGUGGACACUGAUGCUGCAUGGGACUCAGAGUGCACCAUAUAUAGACCAAAUAGUAAAAGAUUAUCAGUCCAAACUGGCCAUGUCCAAGAAGGAAGAGCUGGAAGAAGAAUUGGAUGAAGCAGUGGAGAGAAGCCUGAAGAGUAUACUGAGCAAGAACUAGUGCCGUUCUGCAUGAUGGUGUCUGUCCUUCCCUGGGUCCCUCUAUUCACCUUUCUACUAUCCAAACCUCUGUGUUAGACAUAGUCCAAUGAUCGUCUCUGUAGCCAAAUUAUCACACUUUCUUGAUUUUAAAGUCUUAGUAUCUCAUCAAUAAUUAUUUUAAUUACCACUGAAGCGAUCCUUUUUUUACUCUAAACCACAAAUAUACUAUCCCCCACCGAAUACUAUGUACAGUUUGUGACUGUAAAUGAUUUUUCUUUUGUGUCAUAUGAAUAGGUAAUAACCCGCAAAGAAGCCAAUGGCUUUUUCCCUUCAUAUUUUUGUGGUAAAUGUUGUUUGUAUUAAAAAAAAAAAAAAGAGUGAAUUUUAACAUUGGCAGUUGGUGAUAAUGGGCACAUUUUUAAAAAUCAUUUUGAGAGAGGGAAUCACAAAGAGUUUGGCUGGAGAGGUCUUUGAACGUCUAACAGCUCCUUCUGCGUCAUUGACUUCAGUGGGACUCUUCCCAUCGGGCUCAACCAAAGUAGCACUGGACCCUACAUAAAGAAAUAACCCAGAGAUGAAGAAAAGUUACCAAUUUGCAGAAAUCCAACUCGGUGGAGAGUUUUAAUAUAUACACACUUGCAAAAUGUACACGCUAAUGCUUCAGCCACAGAACGGUUCCACAGGCAUGCAAUAAGGAAGGCAAAGCAAUGCCAAAGCUGGGUGACAAGGGGACGUGCUUUGCCAACAGGGUCAGGGCAUUCUAGAAGCACAAGUUUCCAUUUUGGUUUGUGGUUUUCAUUUAUUUUUGACAAUUUAAAUCAAUUUACCAUCUUAAAGUAGCAGAACAACCACAUAGGGAACGAGCUGUAGGAUUUCUGGCAACCUGUGUGCAAAAGUGCAUCUGCUCGUCUCUGUACUGAGAUGUACUACAGCAGUGUAGGAUGAGGCUGCGUCAGCAUUUCUGACCACAGACCCCUGUUUUCUGGGGUUUACAACCCAGCUGUCAGUAAAUUGCUGUGGGAGAAAUUUGAGGUACUCAGUUUCAGUCCCAAAGCAAUUUUUUAAUUCAAAUUCCAUUUUUAAAAGUAGAGAUUUGUUAUUUUUAUGUUAUACAAAUAUAUUUAAGGAGAAAAAUAUGCCUGAAUUAUUAAUGUAUAAUGCAAAGUUGGCCUUCUUGGGAAAUAAAAUGUAGUGCAUUUGGGAAGAUUCAUUGGUAAUUAUUGCUCUUUGCUAUUAAAGAGCCAGUCCCACCUUCACUUUGCAUCCAGGAGUAAAGUCUUUCUUGCCCUUGGAGUUUGCUCUGGCUAGUGCCGCAAGACGUAACAUUCACCUCGGUGGGGAUUACUCAUGGUAGUAACCACUACAUGUUCUCAGGUGUGAGAUCCCAAAUUUAACCGUUGAAUAAUAAAGGGUCUCGAUUCUGCAAAUAUUUAGGCACUUACUUACAGAAAAGGCUAUCAGUGGACCUACUCAAAUGCUAAUUUUAAGCAGGUGCUUUGGAUCUUUGCAGGAUCUGAGAUGGAUUUUUUAGCAGUGACUAGUUUCAGAAUUUUAUCAUGUAUUUUUUUAAUAUGCAGAGUAUUCAUCUAAAACAUUUUAAUAAGAGUUGUCCUGGUUGAGCAGGUGCAUAGUAGUAGAAACACAUUCAGUAAGUAAAUAUUUAUCUAACAAAUUAAAAAAGUAACCCAAAGGUUAUAUGGUGCACACAUUUCUCUUAAGAACAUAUAAAAAUCUGUAAGAGGCCUGUUCUUUCCUUUACAAAUCCAAAUGCAAAAUAAACAGCUCAACCUACUCAAAGUCUAUGUGCAUUACACUCUGAAGCCAAGACAAGCAGCGUUGCACUACUCACAGGUUCCUUGUGUGCAGCAGUCCCUUCAAUCGAGUCAUGCUGGGAUAGACCAGGCAUCGGCAGGAAUCAGGCUCCACCUGGUUUUUAUUUUUGAAGUGCUCUUGGUUAAUUUUUCAAAUACAUAUAGUACCAACUGUGUUUAAUUUGGUGAUUUAAAACUUAACCCGAGGAUGAGAGGGGCCCAUUCCGUGAGGCACGAGCCAACACUUGCUGAAGUUAAAUGGGUUGGGGACAGGUUUGCUUGGGUCUUCAUUCAGAAGUGAACAGAUCACGCUGAUGGCAGUAGGUUUCCUUGGAAAGCACCCAGUUCUCAGAGCAACGUAUACAUAUCGGGGGAAGAAUUUACUAUAUAUAUUUAUGCAUACACCUGUAUGUCUAAAUGUAUGCAGCAUACAUGUGUGUAUAUAUAUAUAUAUAUUACAUACAAUAUGUAUAGUCAGAGUAUGUUACAUAUAUUUGCUUAUAUCUAGAAUUACAUAUGGUAUGUAAUGUAUAACACAUAUGCGCUUUUUUUUUUUUUUUUGUGGGUAUGUGCUCAAAGAAAGAGGAAACUGGAAGCUUUUGAAGGACUUCUAAAAAACUGUGGAAAAAGUUUUGGAGUAAGGAAAGUCCAUGUGGAAAUCUUAAAUGAAUGUGUACAUGACUUCCCAUUGCAUUCAUGUAAUUUUGCAGUUCUCUGUUCAAUCAUUAAAUAUCAAGCAGCAAAAUAACUAGAUGGUUGUUCAUAUUUUCAUAAUGCUGACAUAAUUUAUUAAGUGAAAGAUCAUGAUAAUGAGUGCUAUACAGAAAUGGUGAAUUUUGAUAGAAGUAUAAAUAAAACUAAGUGUAUAUACAAUAUAGAACUCUACUUCAAAUUCUUCAGAAUUUUUGCAUCAGGGGAUCACUGGAAAAAAUAUGUCCAGUUAGACUAAGUUUUUAUGGUAUUGCUGAUGAUGGAAAAUAAAGUUAAUUUGUUAGUAUUUAUAAUAAAGGAGAAAAUGAAGCUCAUGAUUUGAAACAGGUGAACACUGUCUAAAUAAAGUCCUGUGAUGAUGUUUUAUAAUAUGAGUAAAAUAAAGAGCUGUUGUAAACUGGCAG